ACCGGUUUGAGUUUCCCGGGCCUGACGUCACUGCCAACGCUCACUCAUUGGCCCAGUUUAGGAAGACCAAGCGUUCCCAGGACAACAAAACGCUAAACAACUGACCGAGGUAACCUGCGGCAGCUACUGACCCGCUCAGAAACACCGAGGAUUAACAUUCGCUUCAGUACAUUCGAAGUUUUCUGCGUUAAAGAAAGUUAAAGGCUUGAGUUGAGAAAGCGGGAAUCCAGGAGAAGAACCUCAAACAUGAGUGGUAACAGGAUGUACAGCCACCAGCAGAGGUUAAUGGCUCAGCGGCGGGUCCAGGAGCAGCACCGGCAGCAGGAGGCCCAGCGGGUGGACAGAGAGCGGCAGGUCCAGGCCAGCCUGAGGGAGGAGGAGGGCUUCGAGAGGAGGAGGUACCUGCGACAGGUGCAGCAGGAGCUCAAGGAGAAGCAGAUAGAGAGCGCACUGCUCAAGGCAGAGGAGGAUCGAGUUAACCGGGAAAAGCAGCUUGAACAGGAAGAGAGAAUGGCCAGGGAGCUGGCCCGCAUCAACCACGAUAAGCAGAAAGAGGAGAAAAUGAGGCAGUAUAUCAAAGAGAACAGCACGGAGCUUCGAGAGCUGGAGUUGAAGCUGAAGUCUGCGUACCUGAACAAGGACAGAGCCGCACAGAUUGCUGAGCAGGAGGCCAUGAGGUUUGAGACAAUGCGGGAAGAGGCAGACUACGCUCGCAAGAUGAGGAGCGACCGGGAGCGGGUAGCCGUUGAGCAGCAGAAGCUGCAGCAGAAGCGCCAGGAGGAGAUGGUGCAGUAUCAGAAAGAGCUGGAGCAGCAGCUCAUGGAGAGGGAGCGCAGGAGACAGGAAGCGUAUGAGGAAUUCCUCAAAGAGAAGCUCAUGGUGGACGAGAUCGUCAGGAAGAUUUACGAGGAGGAUCAGACGGAGCGGCAGCUGAAACUGGAGAAAGUCCGAGCCACUCAGCAGCAUAUCGAAGAGUUCAAGAGACAGCAGGCCGAGUGGAGGCGCAUGGAGCGAGAAAGGAUGGAGGCCGAGAACCGGCGCAUCAUGGAGUUCGCCAUGCAGCAGCAGCACAUGGAGAAGGACAGGAUAGCCAAGCUCAAAGAGAGAGAAGAGGCGAAGGAGCAUCUUCAUAAAUUGCUCUGCGUGAAGAUUGAGGAGGAGCAGCAGCAGCGUGAAGAGAUGGAGCGCGUUCGUCAGGAGCUUUAUUUGGAAGAGCAAGAAGAGGCUAACAGGCAGAGAGAAAUCGAGGAGAUGGAGAAGAAAAUCAGACAGAGGCUGAUGAUGCAACAGACCUUCCAGGAGCAGCUGGCUUUCAAAGAGAUGCGGAGGCAGGCUGAGAAAGAGGAAGAGGAGGCCUUCAGGAAGAUGAUGAUGGCCAAGUUCGCAGAGGACGACCGUAUAGAGCAGAUGAACGCCCAGAAACGACGCAUGAAGCAGCUUGAACACAAACGUGAGGUGGAGAAACUAAUAGAGGACAGAAGACGACAGCAGGAGGCCGACAUGGAGCUGGAGGCUAAAGAGAGAGCGAUUGAGGAGCAGAAAGAGGCAUUGCGGAGACAGAUCGUUGAAGAAGAGAGGCAGAGGCUUCUGAAGCGUCAUGCGACACAACUCCUUGGAUACUUGCCUAAGGGCUUGCUGCGGGAGGAUGACCUGGAACACUUAGACGAAGACUUCAGAAAACACUUUAAAACACGUCAGGCUGAUGCGUUCUCUGAUGAUGGCUGGGAGGCCAACGAUUAGAUGCUUCUUCUCC